AUGAGCAGUAGUUUGACAGUUGAAGAUAGGAUUCAGUCAUACCUAAACUAUGUCUCUUUAUUUAACGCUCUCCUGGUUGCUGAACGACCAGUCAAUUUGGUUCUUCCUAAUCAAUGGUUGUGGGAAAUUAUAGACGAAUUUCUUUAUCAGUUCCAAAAUGUUUUGAAUGUUCUGUUCUCUCUGGUUGCCAAAUCAAAUAUAAAUGAGCUACUAAGCUAUUAUGCUAAGCAAGGCGAUCCGGAUGACAUUGCAGACGAGUUUGGUCGUUGCGUACUUUAUAAAAUGCUCGGAUUCUUCAGUCUUAUUGGACUUUGUCGAUUACACUGUUUAUUGGGUGAUUAUUAUACAGCCAUUAAAGUUUUGGAGAAUAUUAAAUUUAAUCGUCUUGAAAUGUAUCAUGAAGUACCUACUUGUCAUAUUACAACUGGUUACUAUGUUGGAUUUUCUUUCAUGAUGAUGCGCUUGUAUCACAAUGCUGUAUCUACAUUACUGGCUACCUUAUCAUAUAAAUCACGUGCAAUAGGUCUCAUAUCCCAACGCGCUGAUUUAAAAGAAUAU